CACAUGGAAACAGACAAAAAAGUAUUGUUGGCGCCAAACAGUAGAUUGAAUUUCUACUACACUGAUUCGAAAGAAUGGCGGAAAGUCAACAUCAUUUCACAAAGAGCUCUGCACUUGACGAUGAUGGAAACAUCAACUCAACACAAAACAAAGAAAUAUCUAAUUCAAGAAAAAAGAGUGUAAGAAAAAAGAAGAACACUUCAGAAGGAAGUGCUGGGGGUUCCUUGACAACCAACGAUGGCGGUCUGCAAGCAGCGGAUCAUUUAAUACAAGAGCUCGAUGCUACUGUCGAACCUCAAGCUGGCAAAGGUAGACAGAAGAGAAGCCUUACUCGCUCUACUGUGGCCAGCAAUUCCAACGACCUCGGUCGGAAAAGAAGCAAUGCAGACCCAUGUACUAGCAGCAACGUAGAAAGGAAAACUGGUGUACCAUCUAGAAUCAAGGCAUUUGAUGACAACGGACGUGUCGACUUAGAUGCCGUGGAAAAAUGGGUGUCGGAUUCAAGUAUUGAUAUCGACUUGGGAUCGGAGAAAAAAUUUGGUCAUUCGGUGUCAAAACAGCAGGUUGAAAAUAAAAAUGUUCCGGACAAAUUCGAAAAGGCGGAUGUCGCGGUGAGUGAAAUCGAUACAAUAGUAAAAGGCCUUUCCCCUCAAGAUUUCAACGAACCCUUAAAAAAGUCCAAAAGCACCAGUGUGUCAUCUGCAAGAAACAAGCAAGUUGCAGUUCCUCUAUCUUCUGGCCAUUCUUCAACGUCUAAAAUUUCUGAGAUGCCCAGACCAAUGCCAGCAGCUUCGUGCCCCAGACCUCUACAGCCAAUUCGACUCCCUCCUGUUAAAAUCAGCUCCACAAGGAGCGAAGAUGUCUUCAAAGAAAAAUUCUCAAACACCACCUCUCCACAUAUUUCAUCCGAUCUUCAGAAAUGCGUUCAGCCGAACCGUGAUUCAUUCUCGGCAAUAAAAGAGAGCUCAGAAUUGCCAGGGAAAGCAGAAAUUUCCGGAAGUGUUCGCAAAGCGCAAACUACAGGAAGUGCAGCCAAAUACGCAGUGGAGAAUCUACUUCCGGGUCAGGUGUCAGAGAACAGAUUUGACGAGGAUAAUACCGAAGAGAUAAAUAUACGCACUAUUGUGUUGGAUUACAGUGCAUCCGAAUGCAAGCGUAAUAAGAAAAGAGGCAAAGGUUGUGGACUAGUGAGGUUCUGCACACGUCUUUGUUGUUGUUGCAAUGUGCAGGCAGACGACGUGGAGGUAGUGAAGCGGAGCAAUACGAAAAGCCGAACGGACAAUCUCAAACAAACCAGAAGAAGCAUUCCUAGAAGGGUUUGGAAAAGAGUUAAGAGGUGUUUUGGGUUUUAAAUUGAUACUGAUUUUAAUUUUUCUUUAAAUGUUUUGCGCCAACAUCAGUUUUCAUUUUUAUAUCGGAUGAACGUCUCCUACAAUUAGUGAUGCAGUUUGAAUGCUUGAAAAUUUAACUAUAAAAAUUAUCCGUGUGUAAUCAGGAAGUCAGUCGUUUCAGAUGUAAUAUAGUAACAAAAAGAUAAAGGAACAUAAUUUUGUCAAAUGUUGCAAGUGUCAAACCAACGAGUUUUGCGGUUGCAGUAUAAAAGGCUUGGAAAGAAAACUGAAACUCAAAUUAUCAACAUUAAAUGUAGAAAUAUUUUAUAUUGUAACGCUCAAAAAGUAAUGAAUGAAUUACUUACUGAUUCCGAAGACAUGCUUGAAGUAUUCACACCUCUAUGCCUAUAAAUGAGAGGCCAGAGAUCAGUGUCCAGGAUGCAACCUUACGAAAGCAAAGAGAAAUCAAUCAGAUCAGUCAGAUCUUUUUUUAGACUGGACUACAAACUCGGCUCCCCCUGGAUCCAAGUGUAAGGCUAGUAAUAGAGAAGGAAGCUGUUUAUGAUCAAUAGAAUUUCACCAAACAUCAACACGCAAGCAGAACAGCGACUUCUAGUAUAUCUACCGCCGCAAUAGACAUUGAAACAAAAUGUCAAGAGUGCAUAAAUAUUUGAAUAGAAGAUACUUUUUUUUUUGGAAAAUUUACAAUGUAGAAAAAUUGAAAAGUUUGAAUCUUUUGAAAAGUAAAUACUAUUCAUAACAUAAUUAUAUUGACAGAAUGCAUUAUUACUUUAUUCUGCCAUGCUGUGAUAAUAAAAGUGCAAUUCUCAUCAUUGUUUCUACAUAUUAUCCGAUUAAAGAC